CCCGCAAAAAGCAUAGAGCCCGCCUUGCCCACUUAACCCGUCAUCGGAACCUCUCGGAUCGCCAUCAUCAUUGCUAUCGUGCAAAAAAAACACGCCCAAAUGUGAUCUGUUUACCAAUUGCAUCCCUAGCCCAAACAAAUAAACAACAAACAAAAAGAGUUGGGCCAAAGUGAAGGAAAAGAGAAAAUGUCUUUCUCAGAUGAUGGCAACGACAUGGAAGAGUGGGCAGACCAAUCGUCUACGCAAAAGCGCUACGAAGGCGAAGACACCAGUCCAACCACACCCCGUGAAUUAAAGGGCUGGUACGCGUAUCCUAUCGCUGCUGAAGUUUUCGCUGUAGUAGCAGUCGGUGCCUUCCUCCCCGUCCUCCUCGAGCAACUCGCCCGCGAAAACGGCGUCUUCUUCUCCGACCCCUCACGGCCAUGCGUCUCUCAUUCCACCUCUUCUCGCCGCUCCAGCGAGGGCGAGAAAGCCGCAGCACCAGCUUCCUCAGAGCAGUGCAUGGUAACCUACCUCGGCAUGCAAAUGUCAACGAGUAGCCUCGCGCUGUACACGUCGAGUGCGGCGGUGCUGCUGCAGGCGCUGGUGUUGGUGUGUUUGAGCAGUUUUGCGGAUUAUGGUCCAUAUCGCAAGAAGAUGCUCAUGAUAACAUCCUAUACCGGCUCAGUAGCGAGUUGCCUAUUCAUUUUCAUCUCCCCGGCGUUGUACCAACUCGCUCCUAUCCUGGUGAUCAUUGGCGUGGCGUGUUUGGGGUGUUCGUUUGUGCUGCUCAACGCGUUUUUACCGUUACUAGUAGCAAAUUAUCCAGAUAAUAAUAACGCUGCUGCUGGAAAGCCAUUGUCAGAAGACGAUGAUUCAGCCGUUGAACUUGACAGUCUGAAUGCAGAUCACGAAGCAGCGGCGUCACGCAGGGAGGAUGCAGAGAAGCUGGCACGCGACCUGGAGCGCUCUGCGCAGAUAAGUUCGAAAGGAGUGGGAUACGGAUACAUGGCUGCUGUCUUCGUCGAGAUACUAGCUAUCCUCAUCAUCUUCAUCUUCAGCAAGACGUCAUUGUCGAAAACCUCGCCUACCCUCUCCAUCCGCGUCGUGCUCUUCAUGGUCGGCCUCUGGUGGGCCAUCUUCUCCAUCCCGACCCUACUCUGGCUGCGCGAACGCCCGGGACCCCCUUUACCCACACAGCAGCACUCCAGCAUCUCCGCCUCGUCAUCCAAACUCCGCACCUUCAUCUUCUACACAUCCUUCUCCCUCAAAAGCUUCUGGGCCACCCUCAAAAAAGCAGUCCGCCUCCGCCAAACCCUCAUCUUCCUCAUCUCCUGGUUCCUCCUCUCCGACGCCGUAGCCACAAUCUCGGGCACCGCCGUGCUCUUUGCGAAAACAGAACUGCACAUGAGUACUAUUGCCAUUGCCCUCUUAUCCAUCACCUCCAUCGGCUCCGGCAUCAUCGGCGCCUUCGCCUGGCCACGCAUCCAGCGCCACUACUCCCUACAGCCGAAAACCGUGCUGUUGUGCUGCGUAGCGGGUAUGGAAAUCAUCCCUUUGUACGGCCUGCUCGGCUACAUCCCCUUAUUCCAGCGGCUAGGCUUCAUAGGCUUGCAGCAGGCGUGGGAGAUUUAUCCCAUAGCGGUCUUACACGGCAUCGUCAUGGGCGGGAUAUCGUCGUACGCGCGGUCCGUAUUUGCGCCGCUGAUCCCUGAGGGUAGCGAAGCGGCGUUUUUCGCACUCUAUGCCGUCACGGAUAAGGGGAGUAGUGCUGUCGGGCCGACGCUCGUGGGUCGUAUUACGGAUAAUGCGGGGACAAUUCGUCCCGCGUUCAUCUUCUUGGCUGUCCUGGUUAUGCUGCCUGCGCCGUUAUUGUGGCGGCUGGAUGUUGAGAAGGGGCGGGAGGAUGCGAGGGCUAUGGCGGAGGGAGACGCCAAGGGACGCGGGAGGUACGAGAGAGUCCGGAAUGAGUGAUCUGAGCCGAAAGGUUCGAGGGCCUUCGGCGAAAGGGGGGUUAUAUGAUAUGAAUUUUGUACGCCUCAAGUGGC